ACUAGUUCACAAAACGUCACGCGUUACAUAGCUGCCUUUUGAUAAUGCUGUGUGCUUGCCAGGGAUGGCGAACUUAACAACCUCGGCUCACAGUUACUCCAGUAUGGAUACCGGGACUAAAUCUACGGAUAUACCGUUGGAAUAUGGACCACUAGUGGUACUAACAUCAGCUCUCUGCUUCCAGGCUGCCAGCAAGGUUGUUGAUCUAAUCGGAAUUCCAAAAUCUGCGCAAGACACUGAAUUCCGCCGAUGGAGAUUCAAAAACAUCACAAUAUCACUAUUACAUUCAGCUCUUACUGGGCCCUGGUCCUUGUUAUGUUUUUACCUACAGCCAAAGUUAGCCGAGGACCUUAUUUCUACAUAUUCUGUUAUAGCACUGACAUUGGUGUCAACUUCAGUAGGGUAUUUUGUCCAUGAUAUAAUAGACAUGGCCUGGUCAUAUAGGAACCGUCAGAACUAUGAGUUAAUGCUGCACCAUGCAGUGGGUAUUAUUUGCUUUGGUGUAGCAGUGGUCUAUCACCGUUACAUGGGCUAUGCCGUGGUAGCUUUGAUUGUAGAAUUAAACAGUAUAUUUCUACAUAUAAGGCAGUUGCUGCUAAUCUGCAAAGUCCCCAAAACAAGCAGUAUCUAUCGCCUAACCAGUCUGAUCAAUAUAGGUACUUUUAUAAUGUUCAGAAUAUCCACGAUGGCUUGGAUGACGCGCUGGUUGGUUUAUAACAGAGAUAAGGUACCUUUCCUGAUGUUUACCUUGGGAAGUCUGGGAAUGGCCAUCAUGACCGUCAUGAACAUAGUGCUCUUCUGCAGAAUCCUCUACAGUGACUUCUUCAGGAAAGGAAAACUCAAGAAAACAGACUGACCAGGACUGGUCUAGUUCAAGACAUCAAGAUGGUACUGGGGAGAUAGGGUGCUCAUACUGUUAUUAUCCUUAUACGUUUAUUAAAGGUUGUUUUUACUAGUACUUGGAUUGCCAGAGUAUCUUUUAUUCACAACUAGGUUUUGUAAAGUGAAAAUGCUCAACAGAAAGAAUUGUAAUGCAUUUUGCUCUUUCUUGUUGAGAAAAUUAAUCAACCCAAAUAUUUUGAGAUACUUAGAACAUAAAUACGGGUUUUGAAAAUAGUGAAUCAUAGCGGAUAAGGAAUGUGUUGAAAUUUCUAGGAAGAUAUAAAAUUUUGCUGUAUAAUUGUCUGUUGCUCAUAAUGUGCCUUCAACAAUAAGACAACACCUGGAUAUCCAGGGAAUCUGCUGUCUAGCAAAUUAGAUCAUUAUAACAUAUAUAAGACAGGAUUCUCCAAAUGAGCUGUAGUAGAAUGAAAUUGCUACCAAAUAUACCAAGAGAUCAGCAGGAGGUAUCCAGGGUGGUGUUCUGUCUACAAUGAGAUAGAUGGCGCUGCAAGCAUAGUGUAGUUAAUAUUAUCAAGGUAACACUUAUCAUAACAUUGUAUAUCUUAGUAACAGGAAAGAUAUGAACUUGCAGUCUGAAAUACAAGGUUGAGUAUUUAAUGUACAUGUAUCUAAAACAUACAAAAAUAUGAGUUCACAAAAAAAAAAAAGGAAUCAGGUGGCGAAGAGGGGAAAUUGAUGCUAGGUAAAUAAUGGUGCAUUAAUAUGUUAUUUGUGGAAUAUUGGAAUUUAUUGCAAGUUUAUUUUUGUAUUGAAAAUUGUAUGUAAUGUCAUUUUGUUGUUACGGACAUGUCCACUCAUUUUAAGUGUUUUUAAAAUGUAUUUAUAGUGUAGUUUGCACUCCCUUUUUGUAAAUAGAAUUCUUUUGUAUUUAUUUACUUUUACUAGAUAAGCCUACCAUGGAGUAUUCUACAUGCUUUAGUCAAUAGUUAUCCUAAGAUAAUAAAUGGUAAGCAGAGAAAAGUAAUUGUUAAUGUGAAAACAUGUCACCAUAUUUUUAAAUAUCACAAAUAUCAGGUGAAGAAAUUCACCACAAGAAUAUCAUGGAAGAUAUUGGAGACAAACAAAAUGAACAUAAUUUUCUUUUUAAAUGCCAACUCUGAAAGUGGUCACAAUGUUAUUGUUCAAGCACUGCUGUAUGUAUGUCAUUGUACCACCAGCCUGCAGAGCAGGAGAGGUUAUGUGGUGGCACACGUGUCCCUCUUACCUCUUAGUUAUAUAUGUGUUUAUGAGAGAUUCACUGGUAAAAUGUCUUACACCCCAUUCCCAUACCUAGAUCCAUCUGGCGAGAUUGGUCCAUUUUCGCUAAACUGUUUUCAGCUAAGUGACUUACAUGUCUUGCACGUCAAUUGAAGCUGCUAAGCAAUAGAUAAUUUUUUCCUUGCAGCUUCAGAAGGUGUGCCAGACAUCAGAGCAGCUUAAGCUGAAAGCAAUCUAGUGAAAAUCUCCUCGGAGAUGGUCCGAUCCCACUAGAUUGAUCAAGUUAUGGGAACAGGGUCUUAAUGGCUGAAGGAGGCUGGAGAACAGAUCCAUCCUGCUCAAACCUGGCAUGAGAUCACGGAGUGGUUCUGUUACAUCCAGCAUUUCAUUUCAGUGUGGUGUCUUCAGUAUCUGGGCAUCAUACUCUCCAUUUACUAGGAUGCCCAUGCCUAGAUUGAUCCAUCUGGAUCAGUCUAACUCCCUGGGGAGUCUCACUAAAUUGCUAUAAACUUCACUGGCUUAAAUGUCUGUCACGCCUACCAAAUCAGGUACUGUAGGGUAAAGAUAAUAACUCCCUAACAGAUUUACUUGGCGUGACACACAUUUAAGCCGGUUAAGUUGAUAGCUAUAUAGUGAUACUCCCCAGGGAGAUAGAUCGAUCCAAAUAUCUGUGGGAAUGGUACCUAGGACUUACGUCAGUUAUCCACCCCAAUUUUAUAGCAUCUUUGUUGAUUUGAUAUUAUGAGGAAAUAAAUAGAUUUUUUGUCCGUGUUAAAAUGUAGACAAGGCAUUUGGGCAUUUCUAAGGUGCUACAUUUUCAUCUCAGCCAGUGUCUUGUAACUAUGAUACAGGUGUCCUGUGCAUCCCACCUGAUUGGAACUCUUCACUUGGUGUGAACAUAUCACACACUAGCUGGCAGGAGUUUAGUAAGCACACUGAAGGUAGUCAUUCCUGUAGUUUUUAAGACUGUAUCUAGAGAUAAGCCAUGCCAAAGGUAAUAAUUACAUGACCAAAUGAUGUAGGCUAAAGCUUCGAUAUGGUAUUCUAACAUUCUAUCCCUAUUCCUUUUAUUUUCCUGACCUCAACUUCCAACUUCAGAAUGUCCUGGAGACAAUUUCACAAAUAAAAUAACUUCCAACUAAAAUGUCACAACCUAAGUUCUAGAUAAAUCUAUUCAUGUACAACAUGUCUUUCCGUAAAAACUGGUGUAGUAAAUACUACUACCACUGCUUUAUCUUGUGACAAAAUAUGGCAGAAGUUUUUUACAUGUGAAAACGGCCCCAGGACCAUUUUGUAUCUGAAGUGUAUACUCUGCCUUUGAAUCCAUUUCUUUACAUUUACUUCAAAUCGUGCUCAAAGGUGUAACAAACCGAAUCAUCAUCAGAGCCUCAGUACAGUCAUUUUUAAUGUUAAUUAUGAUAAUAAAACACUCAAACAAAAUAAGCCAUUAUGAAAGUCGAAUUUUAAUGAUAGAAUUUGAUUCAUUGAUACCAAAUAAGUGUGUUUACAUUGAAACCAACGUAGGAUGAGUACAUCAACCUUCAUUUCAAGUGAGAUGUUCUUCACAACACCAAUGUGAAAACCCUUUUCCUGUUAUGUCUGUGUUGAAAGAUCUGCACAUUUGCAGGUAACUGUGAAGGUUUCAUCUCGAUGCAUUUUAUGUUAUACGUUUGCCAGUAAAAUAAAGCCUGUUAAUCUCAAACUGA